UUCGUUUGACAGCUAUAUUUUUUUGUUUGCCUGCACACGUGACGAUAUAAGGAGCGGAAGCGUCAAGAUUCAGUAAGUACUUUAUGGGGGGGAAAUGUGCAGAUAUUUAUCCUGAAACUGAUAUUUCUGUACGUGAAGCAAGUGAUGAAGAGUUCUGUGGGUGACGUCAGGUGCUGCGGAACGCGCGGCGCGAUCAGGAUAAUCAGGUGUAUACUGCUUUAACACGGCUUGCUGUUGCGUGUCCAGCGCAUCGCGACCGUGCAAACAAGCCGCGCAAAUAUAGAGGCGCUAAAUAAAUACAACAGAACAAUGAAUUACAGCAAGUCUGGGAACUUUAGCAUCAGCCCUCCUCCCAACAUCGGCGCCGGUUCCAUGGACGAACUGGUCAUCACCUCCACUUUCGGGACUUUGCUGUCGCUGGUGUAUAUUGUCGGAGUGUCGGGGAACGUAUACACACUUAUGGUGAUGUGUCAUUCUAUCCGCUUCGCGACUCCCAUGUACAUUUCUAUCAUUAACCUGGCACUGGCAGACCUGCUUUAUCUUUCCACAAUCCCCUUUGUGGUAUGCACCUACUUCCUCAAGGACUGGUACUUCGGAGAUGUGGGCUGCCGCAUUCUGCUGAGUCUUGACCUCCUAACCAUGCAUGCGAGCAUCUUCACACUAACUGUCAUGUGCACCGAGCGCUACCUGGCCGUGACCAAACCCCUGGAUACCGUCAAGCGCUCCAAGAGCUACCGGAAAGCUAUAGCAAGUGGCGUGUGGAUUUUGUCUUUAAUUCUUACGUUCCCCAUGAUGAUCAUGGUCAACCAGACCACCAAACAUGCGCCAGGUGGAGUGAAGCGGAUGUGUGCGCCCACGUGGGGCCCAGAAGCGUACAAGAUCUACCUGACUAUCCUUUUCAGCACCAGUAUCAUGGCACCUGGAAUAAUCAUCGGGUAUCUUUACACCAGAUUAGCCCGCACUUACGUAGAGUCACAGAGGAACUCUGUCAGUAAGGGGAAUAAACGUUCUCCAAAGCAGAAAGUCCUUAUUAUGAUCUUUACAAUAGUGCUGGUCUUCUGGGCAUGUUUCUUACCAUUUUGGAUUUGGCAGCUUUUACCUUUAUACCACAAACCCCUAAGACUGGCUUCUCACACUCACACCUGCAUUAAUUACUUGGUGGCCUGUCUGACUUAUAGCAACAGCUGCAUCAACCCCUUCCUCUAUACACUGCUCACUAAGAACUACCGGGAGUAUCUAAAGAAUCGUCACCGGACGUUUUACCGAUACACGUCUUCAUUCAGGAACCGUCCCCCGAGUUUGUACUCGUGGGGAAAAUGUGCAUCUUCCAGCAAUCAAUUUGAAUUCAACUCCGAGACGCUGGUCAUGGCCCCACUUAAGGAAUACCUGUGAUCUGUCCACUGAAAAAUCCUGUUAGGUAAGU